AUGGCAGAGCUGGCUCCCAGAGUAAAUAGCAAAAAUGCGCUUGUUGGCACGCGUCUGGAGCAGCACAUCAAGCACAACGUCUACGACUGGGAGUUCGACGUCUUCCAGCUGCAGCGGCUGAGCGGCGGGCGCCCGCUGUUCGCGGUGGCGAUGGCGCUGCUCGACCGCGAAGGCCUCCUGGACGGCUGGCUGCUGGACCGCCCAGUGGUCGAGCGGUUCUUCACAGAGGCGGAGGCCGCAUACAACGGCAACCCGUACCACAACGCAACGCACGCCGCUGACGUCACGCAGACGUCAGCGUCCAUCAUGCGGCGCGUGCAGCAGCACCUCACCCGCAGCAGCGGCGGCGGACAGGACGGCGACGACAGCGGCCGCGGGCAGCAGCAGCAGCAGCAGCAGCAGCAGCAGCAGCGGCGGCCGGGCGGCACGGGGCUGUCGCAGCUCGAGCGGUUCGCGGUGAUUUUCGCGGCCGCGGUGCACGACCUCGGCCACCCGGGGGUCAACAACGAUUUCCUCAUCCGCACGCGCCACAAGCAGGCGCUCGUCUACAAUGACAGGAGUGUCAACGAGAACAUGCACUGCUCCCGGGCGUUUGAGCUGGCGCUGGAGACGGAGGGCUGCGACAUUUUCAGGCGGUUCAGCGCAGAGGAAUAUGCCCAGGCGCGGUCGCUGAUUGUGGGCAUGGUGCUGUCGACGGACAUGGCGGUGCACUUUGACCUCAUGGCACGCUACAACACGGCCCUCGAGGCCUGCCCCGACGUGCGGCUGUGGGGCGACAAGGACAGGGCGCUCCUGCUGCAGGUGCUGGUCCACCUCGCUGACCUGGCGAACCCCGCCCGCCCCUUCCCCCUGGCUGCCGCCUGGGCCGAGCGCGUCGUGGCAGAGUUCCUGCAGCAGGGCGAGCGGGAGGCGGAGCACGGGCUGCCCGUCUCGGCCAUGUGCGACCCCGCGCGCGUGACGCUGCCGCGGGCGCAGCUGGACUUCAUCCGGCUGUUUGCACAGGUGGGUCCGCGGGGGGCGCCGUGGAUGCGGGCGGCGUCGAGCGAGCGCUGA